AGGAUUCUUUAGUUCAGGAUUGUGCUUGAUAGGUGUUGCUUUGUCAGGAUGCAACAAAACUGUUAUUGUUACAUUACUUGUGACAGGAAUGGGCCUUAAUGGAUUUAUAUAUAGUGGUUUUAUGACAACUCAUAUUGAUAUGUCUCCUGAUUUUGCUGGAACAUUAAUGGGAAUGUCAAAUGCUGUUGCCACCAUUCCAGGAAUUGUAGUACCUGCAAUUGUAGGUGCAACAACUGAAAAGAAUCCAACAAUAAAGACAUGGAGUUAUUUAUUUUUCUUCGCUGCUGGUAUAUACAUAAUAACAAAUAUCAUCUUUAUUGUAUUUGGUUCUGCUCAGUUACAACCUUGGGGAAUUGCAAAAGUUCACAAAGACAGUUCUAUUCAAGAAGUACCUAAAGACGAUAAAGCUUCAAGCAAAGACUUAUGAUGAUAAAAUUUAAAACCUUAUUUAUGUAAUUUUUUUUCUGUUAAAAAAAUUAAUGUAUAAUGGAUAAUUUUAAAUGUUAAGAGUAAAAUAUUUUAUUACUGUUUUAAUCA